AUUUAAAAUGGACCAGCGCAUUUUAAUAAAAUGAUUUAUAUUAAGUUAGACGGAAAUAACUGCUGAAAAAUUUCUCCUGAUAGCUAAAAUUGAGGUGACACUGAAUACACACAUACACAUACACUCAUUUUUACUCUGAAAUGUAGCACAGUACCAGUGUUGCAUAAAUAAUCAUUGCUGUGUUGAGACUGGGGUGUGGGAGUUAGAGAGAUUAUAAGUUAAACAGUAAUUAUCCAUUAAAAUUAAUUAAUGAAAAAACCAUAAAGUAUAAGGUGUAGCAAUUAAAAAAAAUUAUUUAUUGGCUAAAAUAUGCUUUACAUGUUUCAACCCUACAGGGCCAUAAUCAGAGGCUCAGGUGUUAUCGGGAAGAUUGCUUAGUGUGUAUUAACUUCAAGUAUAACGGCUGAAAUAUCUUAUGUAGAACUGAUAGUUAUCCCUCUUAUCGACUGAGCUCCUAGCAGCAAUCAUUACCGUUUCCUAAAGUUGUUGAAUAGAUGGCAGCAUGUACCUUGACGUCAUAAAAAUAUUCCCAACCUAUCAUUCAGGUGCUAAAAUCGAACUGUCGACUACAGACGCUUGGAAUUGGUAGCAGUCUGUGUGACGCGUGCUUUACGUCAAUGGUGGUAGUGUAUAUGUGUGCGGCCAGACGUCAGACGUUGCUUGCUGAUCUUGUAUUUAUGUGUUUCAACGCUUAAUUCUUUAUUGUUUACGAACCAUGGCCGGUAAAGAGGGCUUUGUGAGCGUCAAUGGUGUACCAACUCAUGUCAUCACCUGGGGAGGCUGGGUCGAAGAUGAAUUAAAUGCAGAUCAUAAGGAAAUCGUGUUACUUAUUCCGGGCAAUCCUGGAUUGACUGGUUAUUACAAUGCAUUCCUAACAGAGUUACACAAUCGCCUUGGUGUUCCAGUGUGGGCUGUCUCUCUUGCUGGCCAAGUACUGCCACCGCCAACAUCACCACACAGCCUGCCACCUUUAAAACAAAAUCCGGAGCUCUACAAUUUAGAAGGUCAGGUCGAACAUAAAUUAGCAUUUAUUGAGAAAUAUGUACCAGAGAAUGUGAAGAUAAUUCUUGUAGGGCAUUCAAUUGGUGCUAAGAUGAUAUUAGACAUUCUUAAAAACAGUGACGUGAGGUCAAGGGUCUUGAAAGCGUAUCUGUUGUUUCCAACAAUAGAACGUAUGGCAGAGUCACCGAACGGGAAAUUGAUGACUGGUGUUGUAAAACAUAUUGUGCCAGUUAUUUUAUACUUGGUUUGGAUUUUUACCUUUUUUCCGGUCUUUGUCAAGAAAUUCUUACUCUCUGUGCAUUUUAUGUUGAGAAGGAUUCCAACAUGUCACGUGGCGCCAACAAUGAAACUGAUGAACCCUACAGUUUUAGGAAACGUUUUUUUCCUAGCAAUGGAUGAAAUGGAGAAAGUUAAAGAACUGGAUAAUGAAAGUUUGAGAGAUCUGAGUGAUUUGUUAUUUCUGUAUUAUGGUACUACAGAUGGUUGGGUGCCGUUGGAGUAUUGGAAAGAUAUGGCACAGAAAAACCCACAAAUAAAGUGUAUGGUAUGUGAAAAGCGAAUCGAUCAUGCUUUUGUUUUACGUUACAACAGUGAGAUGGCAGAUAUUUUAUUAGAUUUAAUUAAAGAGCAUCUACAGAAAUCAUUAACACAGUUCAGGCCAUAAAAAGGUACAUUGUAGACUAUGAGUUAUAUGAACAUGUUGCAUGGUGCUUGGUUUAACUAAUGUUUAUAAAAAUGAAUUUAUUAGUAAUAUGGCUUUCGUUUCUAGUUUGAUAUGCUCUCUUUUGUUUAUUUGCGAGUAUAGGAUAUACAUUAUUAGCCACUGUAUGAAUAGAGGCAGUUGUAUAACACUAAACAUGGUUCAUUCAAAUAUAAUUUUUACAUUUUCAGUGAAAAGACCAAGUACAUAUAACAAGCAGCUUAAUCUGAUUAAUAUAUCAGAAACUUUGGUAGGAACUGCUCAAUUUGUUAUUAAUUUUAACAACUUAUGUGAGACAACGUCCCACUUAGUUUUAUAAUUUAAUUCACUUUUUAAUACAUUGCAUAAACCACAGAGAAUACAAUAGUUACAACUAAAUAACAGCCCAAAAUGAGAGGAAAAAGGAAUUUUUCAGAAUUAAAUUCAGAACUGUUUGGCAGGAAGAAUAUUUUAGUUCAGAUGCCCAAUAAAAAUAGGUCUAUAUAUAAUUUAUUAUGGGGCGUUAUUUACAUAUGACAUCAGAGUAAUAUUUCCAUGCCCCUAACAAACCCUAUGGAGGAGAGUUCUUCUUGAGAAGCUGAUGAUUGUUCAGCUAGCUGGAACCUGAUAAUCAUUACUAUGUUUGCAAGGCCUAGCAAUGACUUGUAUUCUGAGCCAGUUGAAUCCAGUCCACAUUUUUACUCCCUAUUCCUUCAUGACUCUUUUAUUAUUCUUCUCUCUAUGCCUGAUCUCUCAAGUGGGCAUUUCCUCCACUGUUUAUGACCAGAAUUUUGUAUGUAUUACAAACAUCCCCAUUAGUGCUGUAUGCUCUGAAAAUCUCAGUUGAUUUGGUGAUUUGAUAACUAACAAUAUUUGGUGAGGAGCAAAGAUUAUUAAGUCCGCAUUUUGUAGUUUCUGAAAUUUUAGACAAUUUCAUAUUUAUAUGAAAAGGAUAUGCACAUUAUUGGUGUUGAUGGUGUUACUGUUGCUUGGUCGUCCCAUAUAUACAAUCAUUUAGUGAUUAUGGGGAUUUGGAGAGAGUCAUUUCCCCCCAAAUUAACGAUUAAAAAGAGACCAGACUAGAACAAGAAACGAAUGACAACCAUUCAAGCUACUCUUAAAUAAAUGAGGCUGCUAUGGCAUAACCCCAUGACUCAGUAGACGUAAGUUAACUUGACAGUCACAUAAUUAUGUUACGGUACAGCAAAUGUGACACUGCCUGUUUCACCAUUGGUGUUGUGCACAUUGCAACAUGUGUUGUGGAUUUUCUACUUAUUGUUAUUUGUUAACCUGGAUCUAAUGGGUUAAGACCAAAGAAGUUUACCUAGACUGCUACUUCAAAUAUACAAGAGUUUUAGACCGCCUCUGUGGUCUAGUGGUCAGAGUUCCUGGCUAAAGAUCCAGAGGUCCGGGUUCGAUUCCCGGCGCU